UGGAUGUGUUGUGCAGUGAUCGUAUGGUGCUCGAGUUUUCAUGAAGUUUUGUGACUUUUGUACCGACAUAGAAAUUAUGUCGACUCAAAAUGGGUAAUUUAUCAAUAGUAGUGAAGUUUAGUGUGGCACUUCUUUCCUGCAUUUUGGAUUAUACUUCGGCUGAUAACGACUUACGAGUAUGUAUUGAAGGACAAGGUGGCUGCAAAAGAUGUAGAGAUGGAACGUGUGCAAGAUGCGCAGUGCUUUUACAUCAAGGUACUUGUGUUGAUACUUGUCCACCAGGCCAUAUUGCAGAUUGGUCAACUAGAGAUGAAUACAUGGGCAGAAUUUGUAAGGAAACAGGAUACAUGUUUGGGUUCACUGGUAGUCAAGUAGCCAUUUUAGUAGGAGUUGUUUCUGGUGCAACUAUAUGUAUUCUGAUAAUAUUAUGUGGGGCUAUAAUUGUACAUAGAAGAAAAAAAAAAGCUGCUAAAUUAAUUCAACAGUUUGAAGACAGGUACCUUUUGUUAUAAAUAUAAUAUAUUAUAUAUAUAUAAUAGUUUCUUUCUAUGCUCAAUGAUACUAGAAGACAAGUUAGGGAAUUAUAUUACUCUGGAAAUAAUGGGGAUGGCGCUGUUGGGAUACAAGCUUAUAGACCAGUUCUGCGUGAUUUGGCACGUAUAUUAGUUCUUAUUAAUAGAAGAGAUGAUGAAAUACCAGUUCCUCCAGAUGAUUGGCAAAGACUUUUUUCAUGGGCUGAGAGACUAUUAAGACGGUAUAAAAGGCACAGCUCUCCUGAAGUGGCUCAACUUGUAACAUUCUUGCAACAGCCAACAGCAUCCGUCCAAAUGAAUUCACCACAGCAAGUAACAAUCACACAAUCACCUCAGCCUUAUGAACCAAGAACCACUCCAACUAAUCUGACUACAUUCCAACCAAAUGUACCACUUACAACAUUUCAAGCAAGCGAUAAAUCAAGUAUCAGUCCUGCAAGUUCCAGUCUUGGAUAUGUAAAAGACAGUCCUGUGAGCUCCAGUCUUGGACAAAAUAGCUCUGGAGUUUAUAAUGAGAAACUUAGUCCAAAUGGAUCUAGCAUAGGACAAACAACUCCACUAGUUUACGACAACCAAAAACGACUAAAAUCUUCAAAUACCCAUUUUCAAGAACUUGCCAUUUCAACUUUUAAUCAUAAUUACAAUACUGGUGCAACAUUAACAGAAUCUCCUUGUGCAAUAGAUGAAUGUGAGGCAAAUGGACUUGAUCGUGAAUUAAAUCCUCAGUGGGAAUUUCAAAGUACUACAGAGGCUGCUAACUAUACUAUUUUAUCAGAUUGGUCACCUGCUCGUGAAUACCUCAUUGAUGAUUUUACAAUUCUUGGUUUUCGGCCACAAGAUGAAAUUACCACAGAACUGUAA